AUGUCCAGCGAGAAUUCGCUGCCACUUGCUAACUUGAAAACCAUCCACUUAGAGGAUCUUCGCAGAGGAUCAAUCGGGGAAAAAGAAAAGAUCUUUGCCGCUGCCCAAGAUGAUGGCAUAUUCUAUCUGGAUUUUACCGAGGAUCACGGUGAGCACCGGAUAUCAGAUCUAAUCCAGAACAUCUACAGCCUUAGCCAGUCCUUGUUCGACCUCGACCUGGAUGAGAAGAUGCAGUAUGAUGUUGACCAGAUCAGCAAACUCAAGCUGAAUGGCUACAAGCCCAUCAGCCGCAACAUUGGGGGUAUCAAAGGCCAACGGGAUGGAUUCGAGAGCUACGCGAUCCCCCGCAAUGGAAUCCUCGGUUUUAACCCUUUCAUCCACCCCCGACUCCUGGACAACCACAUCCACCUUCUCCAAAACUUCCUCCUAACCUGCAUCGGCAUAUCCCAAAACAUCUUCGAAGCCCUAUCAAGCCCGCUCAGCCUCCCCACCUCACAUUCCUUGGAUAAAUUCCACCGCCCAGACGCCCCAGCCCCAGAUAUCCUCCGACUCCUAAAAUACGCCGCAUCAUCCAAAGGCGAUCAGGAAUUCCGCGUCCCCCAGACUCCACAUACAGACCUUGGCUCACUGACAAUGCUAUUUGCCGAUUCCCCUGGACUCCAGAUAAAGCCCGAUGGAUGUGAUGACUGGCUGUAUAUCGAGCCUAAGGAGAACCAUGCCGUUAUCAAUCUUGGUGAUGCGAUGAGUUUGUGGUCUGGGGGUCGUUAUCGUAGUGUCUUGCAUCGUGUGGCCUCGCUUCCUGGUGUGGGAAUGGGCGAGCGGUAUAGUUUUGCUUUCCUUAUGCGACCGGAGAAUCUUGCGCCUAUGGUUUCGUUGGCUGAUGGAUUGCCGGGUUUGGAUGGGGGUGUUCUGACUAGCGAGGAGUGGAUUAGGGCUAAGUUUGGGGUCUUGAGGGGGAGACUGAGAAGAAUCGGACUCAUAUAUUAA